AUGGGGAGUGAGGCAACAGGGGACAGUGAUCGCAUCAGGAAUCGGCUGGAGGCUUGGGAAGGCGGCUCCUCUUCUUUGGAUUCUUCCCGCUUGCCUCAGUUGUCCACGGAUUCGAAGCUGGUUGUGAAAUCUGACAGAAUAUGGCACCCUGUGGAAGCUGGAAAGGCUGCAGUGGUGGAAGAGCUUGGACGUAAUGCUGCACAAACAGAACGUGUGUGCUCAUGCUGUCCUGGUGAAUGCAUCUGUGUGUCCACUGCCCACAGAGACAGCUGCUUGUCUGUUGGUGCCAAGGACACGUCAUGCACAUCGUCAGAACAAGAAAGUGGCGAUGGUUGUGAAGAGGCCUCUGCUGCCCAGAAGAAAAAGACACGGAGGGGAACAAAGGCUGGGCGUCAGGUCAAGGAGAGAAGGAUAAAAGCCACGGCAAAACGCGAAGCCAAGGCCUAUGCGGCUUUGGCCACCCCAGCCUUCAAUGCGCCCCCUCCCCCACCCUUUGGCUAUAUAGCACCACCGAUAAUUGCCCCCCCACCAUUCCGCCUAGAAGUGGAUGAGACUUCGGAGGGUGUGGCCACACUGCCACAGGGUUUGCUUGAACCACUGGUCAACCGAGAAAAGGAGUAG